UUUCAGAACCCACGUUCAAAAAAUAACUCACUGUCACCAUCAUUGGAAAAAACCUUCGGCUCCGAACAGGACUAAUUAUUUCAAAUUGGAAGAGUAGUGAUUAUCUGGGAAAGAAAGUCGAAAGAAGAAAAAGAGAUCAACUGCAGUAACGACAGGGCCCAUUGGAUAUUGAGCACCCUUGGGCCUGUCUGUCAAGUAGACAUGUUUCAAACUGUUCCUGACACGUCGUCUUACGUUAAGGUAAGACACCACCAUCUCUUGGAUCAGGAGGCGCUAUCAGUGGUGAGUGAAGACCAGUCCUUAUUUGAACCUCCAUACGCUGCUGCUGCUCCUCUCCCCAAAACAGAAAUGACUGCAUCUGGCACACAGGACUAUGGCCAGACCCACAAAAUCAACCCCUUACCCCCACAGCAGGAGUGGAUCAACCAGCCUGUGCGGGUCAAUGUCAAAAGAGAAUACGAGCACAUGAACGGAUCCAGCAGGGGGUCUCCCGUGGACUGCAGUGUGGGCAAAUGUAAUAAGCUGGUUGGGGCUAGUGACACAACUCAGAUGACCUAUGGGAGCUAUAUGGACGAGAAGAAUGCUCCUCCCCCCAAUAUGACCACCAAUGAACGGAGAGUCAUCGUACCUGCAGACCCAUCACUGUGGUCCCAGGACCAUGUGCGGCAGUGGCUGGAGUGGGCCAUCAAAGAGUAUGGAUUGCUAGAAGUUGACACGUCGAUGUUUCAAAACACAGAUGGCAAAGAGCUCUGCAAGAUGAGCAAAGACGACUUCCUCCGGCUUACCACCAUGUACAACGCAGAAGUGCUUCUGUCUCAUCUCAAUUACCUCAGGGAAAGUAGCUCAUCGUUAUCCUACAAUACACCAUCUCACACCGACGCAUCACCUCGUUUGGCUGCCAAAGACGAUCCAUCAUAUGAUGCUGUACGGCGGACAGGGUGGUCUAACAACAUGCACAGUGGCAAAGGCUCACCUGUAGUUCCCCAGAAUGUGACCAAGUCCACUGAGCAGCCCAGAGCUCAGCCAGAUCCUUACCAGAUUCUGGGCCCCACCAGUAGUCGUCUCGCCAACCCAGGCUCAGGUCAGAUCCAACUUUGGCAGUUCCUCCUGGAGCUCUUGUCCGACAGUGCCAAUGCAGGGUGCAUCACUUGGGAAGGGACCAAUGGAGAGUUUAAAAUGACAGAUCCAGAUGAGGUGGCGCGGCGAUGGGGUGAGCGUAAGAGCAAGCCCAACAUGAACUACGACAAGCUGAGCCGUGCGCUGCGCUACUACUAUGACAAAAACAUCAUGACCAAGGUGCAUGGCAAACGCUAUGCUUACAAGUUCGACUUCCAUGGCAUUGCUCAGGCGCUCCAGCCGCACCCCACUGAGUCAUCCAUGUACAAAUACCCCUCGGACCUAGCCUAUGUGCCUUCCUACCAUGCCCACCAGCAGAAGGUCAAUUUUGUAUCCCCGCACCCUCCAUCUAUGCCAGUCACCUCCUCCAAUUUCUUUGGACCCACUGCUCAGUACUGGAGUUCACCCACUGCAGGCAUCUACCCAAACCCAAAUGUUCCUCGCCAUCCUAACACUCAUGUGCCAUCCCAUCUUGGCAGUUACUAUUAAGACAACCCUCACUGAUCAAUGACCAACCUUUAAAACCUGCCUUCUCUCCCCACCAAAAUUGCUGACCUGCACUCCCUGUAAUGCCAAAGACUGAAUUGAUGGAAACAAUAAUCUAAAGAAAUGCUGUUCCUUAAUGAAGGAUGAGUUUAUUGAUGUUUUUUUGUGUUUAAGAAUCUAUAAUAACUGGAUACCUUGGUCUACAAUGGAAUACUACUUAUUACAACUAAUUGUUUUAUGGAUGCACAUCUGAGUUUCCUAUGCCUUUCUUUUUCACUCUCUUGAAAGUUUCUCCUAUAACCCAAUAAGUGUCCCUAACCCAAGGAAAGGAUUUGAACCUGGAUGUGUCAGCCUUUUCUCCAUGCUACCUUACUAGACAUGGGCCUAUCACUUAUGGGUCUCAAUCUACAUCCUCAGUCCAGCUUGAUUACUUUGCUUGAAAAAUCAGCUUUUACUGCUUAUCUACUAACUUGUGGGGUUUUUCCACUGCUAGUCUUUGCUUUUCUGUUCAUCUGCAUGUUUUUAUGAUAUUUGUGUGUGUGUGUGUGUGUGUGUGUGUGUGUGUGUGUGGGGUGGGGGGUGUGGGAGGGGGGUGUAUGUGUGUCUCCAAUAGACAAGUAGGAGAUCUUGCGAGAGGAACUUUUCUCAGCACUGAAUAAAAUUUGGCAUCUGCAAUACGCAGUUCACCAUGCCGCCAUUUAAUUUAUCCUCCAAAACUGGAAGGCUAGAGAAGAGUAAGAUGCCACAGAAUGAAGCGCUGUAUGUUUCUGCUGAACCUGGGUCAACUCAGUUGCUUAAAGAAUGUUUUUCUGUGUAUUUUGCGUGGAACUGAGCGAGUUGAUGGGUGAUAAGCCUAGCAGAGUUAGAUCAAUUGAAGCUAAGUCAAGAUUUAAUGGCGAAAAUUUGCAACAGUAAGUCAUGCCCAGUUUAAAUGUGUCUCGUUUUUGGUAGGCCACGCACUAAAGUAAGUGUUUGCCUCGUUGCUUCCUCUCAUCCAGGCUAUUUUGAGAUCUAUUUGUUGCUCAAUCAUAUCAGUAUUAAUGUGAAUGUCUUCUGGCUUGUGAAAUACACUUAAAAGAAAAAGCCUUUGCCUAAAUCAAAAUAUGUCAGAUGUGGUUAUUUAAGCAAAAUAAUGAUGCAUGUCUAAGUGUAUUAUCAUAAAUCUAAAACAUGAAAGUGAUUUUAGGAUAUGUCGUCAUUUUUAGGGUUGUGUUAGCCUUACUGUUUAGAGGAUUUGUAUCUAUUCAAAGGACCUUGAGUCUUCAUCUAGUUUUAAAAAUGUGCUGAGAAACAGAGCUCUAACCCUUACAGGGUCAGGGUUAUGCUCCAACUGCUGAUCUAUUUCAUAUCAUCAUUAUCAACUACCAGUGCACAACUAAAGUCCUGAAGAAAAUAAAUAGCUGUUUUAAUAAACCUUAAUUUUUUCAAUAUUUUUUUUAAACCUUUUCUGACAAUAAAAGCUGCCCCGCCUCUUCUCUCUUGUCUUCCUAGGCCAGUCAGUACCAAACAGGUCAGUGCAGAGAAGUGAUAGUCCACAUAAUUCUGAUUAUUAGGCACCAUGUUGCAAUGAUUUUCCUCUUUUUUUCCAAGGCUGGAUUCUAGCAUGAGAGCAGCAUGUUUGGUUAAAUGUCUCUCGCUGAUUUUCAAGCCCAGCAAAAUGCAAACGAAUCUCAAGUCAGAAUUUCUUCAUUACCAUUUAACAGUAUUUAAAAAUUACAACCAUAAUCAGCUUUUCAACUGUCAAUUUCAGAAAUUAUUCAAAGAAAGUCACUGAAAAUAGACACUUGAAAAUAAGUAUUUUAUCAGAGAACAAAAACCAAUGAAGUAUGACGAGAUGAAACAAAGAAAUCCUCAGAUUCGCAAACGCUGUGCGUUUGUCAGACCUAUUUUUUAUUAUUUUAUAAACAUCAGUCAACUAGGCAUUAAAGCAACUUACUGUAUAAAUUAUGCAGAGUUAUUUUCAUAUGUGACAGUAUAAAAAGCCAAGAGAGUUAAUACGAGUUGACCUCGGUCAAAAAUGCAAACGUUUUGAGUCCAUUUCUGCUAGUAGUAUGUUGAGCAUUUUAAGUAUUUUUAUAUCUGUACAUUUGGGCAAUGCAGUUUAACAUUUUUGUUUUCACACAGAUGUUUUCUGAAAUCCAGUUGUAACAUCUUAAGUGCCUGUAAGUGUAAAAAAUAUAUCUGUAUAUUAUUUUUGUUUUGUAUUCCUAAAACCACAAAUGCCUGCUUAACUCAUAAUCUAAUAGAGAGAUUACUCUGUAUGCAGUCUGUGAAGGUAAUGAAGCCAUUGCCACUCACUUUUUAUAUCAAAUUAAUGGCUAGCCAUGUGCUUUUAAGGUUUUCAGGUGUUUGAUACUGAGCAAUACAGUAUUAAUAUUUACAUCCAGCUUUCCUUGCAGAUGUAUAGCUUUAAGAGAACAAAUGAAAGGGAACGUGUCAUUUGUAGCAUAAAGAAAUUGUGGUAAUGUGCCCUUAACCUUCCUGUUUUAUACACAUUAUCAGUCAAGAGGGAUCUGUGCUAUUUCUUCAUAUAUGCAAUGUAUUUUGGAUGUUCAAUCCAUUACAUAUGUAUUGUGUGUAUAACUUUACAAUUAAACAGUGUAUUAUUUUUAAUAAUAUUGUAAUUCCUGCGAUGUAUGAAGUAAAACCUUUUGAAAAAGGGCUUUUGUAUAGGAAAAUGUGACAAAAUAAAUGUUUUUACCUCUCCUA